AUCUCGCGAUCCUUGGGAAGUUCCGUUGGGGAAGAUGGCGGCGGCCGCGAGCACCCUUCUCUUCUUGCCGCCGGGGACUUCAGACUGAGCCUUCCCGGGAACGGUGGGGACUAUUGGUUCCCUGCGUCCCGGGAGCUCCAGUCAGCUUGGUUCCCCUGUUGGUGGUGGGGAAAAGCUUAUUUUCUUGUGGCAGAUCCAGGCCCUCACCGCCGUCAGGAUGAAGGCUCAGGGGGAAACCGAGGAAUCUGAAAAGCUGAGUAAAAUGAGUUCUCUCUUGGAACGGCUCCAUGCAAAAUUUAACCAAAAUAGACCUUGGAGUGAGACCAUUAAGCUUGUGCGUCAAGUCAUGGUGAGGAUUGUGUUGAAAUGGGUGAAGUUGUGCUUAGAUAAUUACUUAAGAAGCUCAGUUUGGAACAUGAAUUUGUUCAAACUACCUAUAGUAGUGUGUCUUCAGUUUUUAACAUCUUUACCAGCAAUGACUGACCGUUUGGAAUCAAUAGCGAGACAGAAUGGACUGGGCUCUCAUCUCAGUGCCAGUGGCACUGAAUGUUACAUCACGUCAGAUAUGUUCUAUGUGGAAGUGCAGUUAGAUCCUGCAGGACAGCUUUGUGAUGUAAAAGUGGCUCACCAUGGGGAGAAUCCUGUGAGCUGCCCAGAGCUUGUACAACAGUUAAGGGAAAAAAAUUUUGAUGAAUUUUCUAAGCAUCUUAAGGGCCUUGUUAAUUUGUAUAACCUUCCAGGAGACAACAAAUUGAAGACUAAAAUGUACUUGGCUCUCCAAUCCUUAGAACAAGAUCUAUCUAAAAUGGCAAUUAUGUACUGGAAAGCAACUAAUGCUGGUCCCUUGGAUAAGAUUCUUCAUGGAAGUGUUGGCUAUCUCACUCCUAGGAGUGGGGGUCAUUUAAUGAACAUGAAGUAUUAUGCCUCUCCCUCUGACCUGUUGGAUGAUAAGACUGCAUCUCCUAUCAUUUUGCAUGAGAAUAAUGUUCCUCGAUCUUUGGGCAUGAAUGCAUCAGUGACAAUUGAAGGAACAUCUACUAUGUAUAAACUUCCAAUUGCACCACUAAUUAUGGGGUCACAUCCAGUUGACAACAAAUGGACCCCUUCCUUCUCCUCCAUCACCAGUGCCAACAGUGUUGAUCUUCCUGCUUGUUUCUUCUUGAAAUUUCCCCAACCAAUCCCAGUAUCUAGAACAUUUGUUCAGAAACUGCAAAACUGCACAGGAAUUCCAUUAUUUGAGACUCAGCCAACUUACGUACCCCUCUAUGAACUGAUCACUCAAUUUGAGCUGUCAAAGGAUCCUGACCCCAUUCCUUUAAAUCACAACAUGCGAUUUUAUGCUGCUCUUCCAGGUCAGCAACACUGUUAUUUCCUCAACAAGGAUGCUCCUCUUCCCGAUGGCAGAAGUCUACAGGGAACACUUGUUAACAAAAUCACCUUUCAGCACCCUGGUCGAGUUCCUCUUAUCCUGAAUAUAAUCAGACACCAGGUGGCCUAUAACACUCUAAUUGGAAGCUGUGUCAAAAGAACUAUUUUGAAAGAAGAUUCUCCCGGGCUACUCCAGUUUGAAGUGUGUCCCCUCUCAGAGUCCCGUUUCAGUGUAUCUUUCCAGCACCCUGUGAAUGACUCCCUGGUGUGUGUGGUAAUGGAUGUGCAGGACUCAACACAUGUGAGCUGUAAACUCUACAAGGGGCUCUCAGAUGCACUAAUCUGCACAGAUGACUUCAUUGCCAAAGUUGUUCAAAGAUGUAUGUCCAUCCCUGUGACGAUGAGGGCUAUUCGGAGGAAGGCUGAAACCAUUCAGGCUGACACCCCAGCACUGUCCCUCAUUGCAGAGACAGUUGAAGACAUGGUGAAAAAGAACCUGCCCCCGGCUAGCAGCCCAGGGUAUGGCAUGACCACAGGCAACAACCCAAUGAGUGGUACCACUACACCAACCAACACCUUUCCGGGGGGUCCCAUUACCACCUUGUUUAAUAUGAGCAUGAGCAUCAAAGAUCGGCAUGAGUCGGUGGGCCAUGGGGAGGACUUCAGCAAGGUGUCUCAGAACCCAAUUCUUACCAGUUUGUUGCAAAUCACAGGGAACGGGGGGUCUACCAUUGGCUCGAGUCCGACCCCUCCUCAUCACACGCCGCCACCUGUCUCUUCGAUGGCCGGCAACACCAAGAACCACCCGAUGCUCAUGAACCUUCUUAAAGAUAAUCCUGCCCAGGAUUUCUCAACCCUUUAUGGAAGCAGCCCUUUAGAAAGGCAGAACUCCUCUUCUGGCUCACCCCGGAUGGAAAUAUGCCCGGGGAGCAACAAGACCAAGAAGAAGAAGUCAUCGAGAUUACCACCUGACAAACCCAAGCACCAGACUGAAGAUGACUUUCAGAGGGAGCUAUUUUCAAUGGAUGUUGACUCGCAGAACCCUAUCUUUGAUGUCAAUAUGGCAGCUGACACAUUGGAUACGCCGCACAUUACUCCAGCUCCAAGCCAGUGUAGUACUCCUCCAACAACUUAUCCACAACCAGUACCUCAUCCCCAACCCAGUAUUCAAAGGAUGGUCCGACUAUCCAGUUCAGACAGCAUUGGCCCAGAUGUAACUGAUAUCCUUUCAGACAUUGCAGAAGAAGCCUCUAAGCUUCCCAGCACUAGUGAUGAUUGCCCACCCAUUGGCACCCCUGUUCGGGAUUCUUCAAGUUCUGGGCAUUCUCAGAGUGCCCUUUUUGACUCUGAUGUCUUUCAAACUAAUAAUAAUGAAAAUCCAUACACUGAUCCAGCUGACCUUAUUGCAGAUGCUGCUGGAAGCCCCAGUAGUGACUCUCCUACCAAUCAUUUUUUUCCUGAUGGAGUAGAUUUCAAUCCUGAUUUAUUGAACAGUCAAAGCCAAAGUGGUUUUGGAGAAGAAUAUUUUGAUGAAAGCAGCCAAAGUGGGGAUAAUGAUGAUUUCAAAGGAUUUGCAUCUCAGGCACUAAGUUCUUUGGGGGUGCCAAUGCUUGGAGGUGAUAAUGGGGAAACAAAAUUUAAAGGCAAUAGCCAAGCUGACACUGUUGAUUUCAGUAUUAUAUCAGUAGCUGGUAAGGCUUUGGGUCCUGCAGAUCUUUUGGAGCAUCACAGUGGUAGUCAGAGUCCUUUAAUGACCGCUGGGGAGUUAGGGAAAGAAAAGACUCAAAAAAGGAUAAAAGAAGGCAAUGGAACUAGUAAUAGUAGUUUGUCAGGCCCAGGAUUAGACAGCAAACCAGGAAAGCGCAGCCGGACUCCUUCUAAUGAUGGUAAAAGCAAAGAUAAGCCUCCAAAGCGGAAGAAGGCAGACACAGAGGGAAAGUCUCCAUCACACAGUUCUUCUAAUCGACCUUUUACCCCACCUACCAGUACAGGUGGAUCCAAAUCUCCAGGCAGUUCAGGAAGAUCUCAAACUCCCCCAGGUGUUUCUACACCUCCCAUCCCCAAAAUCACUAUUCAGAUUCCCAAGGGAACAGUGAUGGUGGGCAAGCCCUCCUCUCAUAGUCAGUAUACCAGCAGUGGUUCUGUGUCUUCCUCAGGCAGCAAAAGCCACCAUAGCCAUUCUUCUUCCUCCUCUUCCUCCUCUUCUGCUUCCACCUCAGGCAAGAUGAAAAGCAGUAAAUCAGAAGGCUCAUCAAGUUCCAAGUUAAGUAGCGGUAUGUAUACCAGCCAAGGGUCUUCUGGAUCUGGUCAGUCCAAAAAUUCAUCUCAGUCUGGGGGAAAGCCAGGUUCUUCUCCCAUUACCAAGCAUGGUCUGAGCAGUGGCUCUAGCAGUACAAAGAUGAAACCUCAAGGCAAGCCAUCAUCACUUAUGAAUCCUUCUUUAAGUAAACCAAACAUAUCCCCUUCUCAUUCAAGGCCUCCUGGAGGCUCUGAUAAGCUUGCUUCUCCAAUGAAGCCUGUUCCUGGGACUCCUCCAUCCUCUAAAGCCAAGUCUCCAAUCAGUUCAGGUUCUGGUGGUUCUCAUAUGUCUGGAACUAGUUCAAGCUCUGGCAUGAAGUCAUCUUCAGGGUUAGGAUCCUCAGGCUCAUUAUCUCAGAAAACGCCUCCAUCGUCUAAUUCUUCUUGUACAGCAUCUUCCUCCUCAUUUUCCUCAAGUGGCUCUUCCAUGUCGUCCUCUCAGAACCAGCAUGGGAGCUCCAAAGGGAAAUCUCCCAGCAGAAAUAAGAAGCCAUCUCUGACAGCUGUCAUAGAUAAAUUGAAGCAUGGAGUAGUCACCAGUGGACCUGGGGGUGAAGAUCCAAUGGAUGGUCAGAUGGGGGUUAGCACAAAUUCUUCUAGCCAUCCCAUGUCCUCAAAACAUAAUAUGUCUGGAGGAGAGUUCCAGGGCAAACGUGAGAAAAGUGAUAAAGACAAAUCAAAGCUUUCUACUUCUGGGGGUUCAGUGGAUUCUUCUAAGAAGACCUCAGAGUCAAAAAAUGUGGGGAGUACAGGUGUGGCAAAAAUUAUUAUCAGCAAGCAUGAUGGCGGCUCCCCCAGCAUUAAAGCCAAAGUGACUUUGCAGAAACCUGGGGAAAGUAGUGGAGAAGGCCUCAGACCUCAGAUGGCCUCUUCUAAAAACUAUGGCUCUCCACUGAUCAGUGGCUCCACUCCAAAGCAUGAACGUGGUUCUCCCAGCCAUAGUAAGUCACCAGCAUAUACUCCCCAAAAUCUGGACAGUGAAAGCGAGUCAGGCUCCUCCAUAGCAGAGAAAUCUUACCAGAACAGCCCUAGCUCAGAUGAUGGUAUCCGACCACUUCCAGAAUAUAGCACGGAGAAGCAUAAGAAGCACAAAAAGGAAAAAAAGAAAGUAAAAGACAAAGAUAGAGACCGGGACCGGGACAAAGACAGAGACAGAGAGAAGAAAAAAUCUCAUAGCAUCAAGCCAGAGAGUUGGUCUAAAUCACCUAUCUCUUCAGACCAGUCCUUGUCUAUGACAAGUAACACAAUCUUAUCUGCAGAUAGGCCCUCAAGGCUCAGCCCUGACUUUAUGAUUGGGGAGGAAGAUGAUGAUCUAAUGGAUGUGGCUCUGAUUGGCAAUUAGGAACCUAGGUUUUUAAACAAAUGUAGCCAGAGAAGAAACUAAUGAUAAGUUUAUAUGUAAACCAACACAAGGGGUGAGUCAGACAGGUCUGAUUUAAGAAUCCUAAAAGUCAUAGCUUUGACACCAAGCUGGGUAAAUUCAGAAAGGUAUAUCCAGACCCGACUAAAGAGACCACAGGGUUUGAUUCUGGUUAUCAAGAAUUCCUUAUUCUUUUACCAGAAAGAAAAUGUUAAAAAUAUGUGCUUACAAAAGGGAGGGGGAGGGAGGGAUGUAAGGAGAUGGAAGGGUGGGAAAACAGUUUUUUGGGAAAUAUUCAUAUAUAUUUUUUCUCCCUUUUUCCAUUUUUAGGCCAUGUUUUAAACUCACUUUAGUGCAUGAAUUUGAAGGGCUGGGCAGAAAAUGAAAAAGCAAUACAUUCCUUGAUGCAUUUGCAUGAAGGUUGUUCACCUUUGGGUAGUUGUCCAUUUGAGGCAUGGGCAAAUGAAGGACUUGGGUCAUUUUGGACACUUAAGCAAUGUUUGGUGUCUGUUUCUUAGGAGUGAUUAGGAGAGGGAAGAUGAUUUUAGCUAUUUAUUUGUAAUAUUUUAACCCUUUGUUUUUAUACAGUGUUUCUUUCUAACUCUAUGAGGUUCAGGGUUCAAAAUGAUGGGAGGUGAAAGAGGAAGGCUUAUUUCAUGGUAGAGAGCUUGUAGCUUUGCUGAUAAGCCCAAGCAGACUUAAUAAGUCAGAGCCUGUCUUUGGAGUUAAGUAGAAAAACCAAAAUGACAUUUUCAUUUUAGGAGGUUUUUCAUAGGGUUCAGACAUCAUAGGAAUAUUAGGAGUUAUCUCCCUAUGGAAGUAAUGAUUUAUCUUUUUCCUUAAAAAAAAAAAAAAACUUAGGGUGGCUUUUGGGGAUGUAAACAUGUUUUCAGAUGCAGUAAGGUAUAAUGUGGGAUAGCCUUCCUGACCCACUGGCAUGAAAAUCAUUAUAGAAUUAAUAGUUCUCCUGUUUCCACAAUGUGCCAAAAGUCCGCAUUCCAGCAUUUUGUUUGCAGGAGAACUGAUGCCAUUCCUAAGAGCUGGGCUCUUUGUUUCUCUUCAUCACAAGGAGGAGUUCAGACUUUAACCACUCCACUGUAUGCUCCCUGAGAUAAGACAGUGAAAAUUUUGCAGCCAUAGUUCACUUAAAACAAUUUCAAGCUCACUUGAAGUAAUGGGGGCCUGGAAUGCUAGGUGAGCAUGAAGAUAAACCCUUGCUACUAUGUAGCAACACAAUUGGACCUUUUUGGAGAAACAGGUCUGAAUCUGGAUUCUGGGGGACAUCAAUAAGAAUCCCUUCUCACAAAUAUAGAAAUCCAGGAGACCAUUUUGAGUACAACAGAAGUUCUCAGUAUUUGGAGGGUUUUCUCAAAAUUCUGCGGCCUUACUUUGAUUUUGACACCUUGCACUGUGCCAUUCCUGAUGAUUCCAUUCAGGAUCUGUAUCAGCGGGGCAGGCAUAAUCCCCAGCACAACACUUCUGGAUUAAAAAAAAAAAAAAAAAAA